UUUACUACUUUUUUUACAUCAUUUUCUUGAUCCUUAUUCAUAUCAAUAAUAAAUCCAAGUUUUCUGCUGCAAAUAUCAAUAUCAUGGUUCUCUUUAUACGUGUGCUAAAUAUAGAAGCUUGAAAAAUCAUCAAUUAUAUAAUCUAUAUCUUCUAAUUAAAGCCUAUAAUUAUCAAUUAUAUCAAAAUCAUCCCAAAACCUUCUGUCCUGACAAAAGGAAAAUAUCCACUAAUUGCCGAUAAUUUGCUAUGUGCUGUUUUAAACAACCGAGAAAGUAUUGGCGAAAAAUGCAAUUACACUAAACUAUAGUGGCUCCUUCACAAAAUAGCCCAAAAGAGAGACUCAAAACUGGGACUGGCAAAGACCAAUGCGACGGACAUAACAUAGUCUAACAAAGCUCCUCUUUCUCAAAGCUUCAACUUUUGGCGGCAAAAUGGGAGACGAGGAACGACAAGAAGAAAAUCAGCAACCCAACUCCCAAGUUGAACCGACAGAAACCUCAGAAUCUCCGAACCAACAAGAAUACGAGUGGCCUAAGAUUAGAUUCGAUGUUCCUCCGCACAGAACUUACCACUUUCAUAAGCAGUUUAGAACUGGGAACCCUAACAAUUUUCUCAAAGGCGUCAAAUGGUCUCCUGAUGGCUCCUGCUUUCUCACCAGUUCUGAGGAUAAUACUCUUCGCCUUUUCUCUUUGCCGGAUAAUGGAAGCAGUGAUCAAGUUAAUGCUUAUCCUUCAGUCUCUGAAGAAGAUUCGUAUGCUGCGGAACUUGUUGUGAGUGAGGGGGAAUCUGUGUAUGAUUUUUGUUGGUAUCCAUACAUGUCUGCUUCAGAUCCGGUUACCUGUGUGUUUGCUACUUCUACUCGUGACCACCCAAUUCAUCUUUGGGACGCUACUUCUGGCCUGCUACGUUGCACAUACCGAGCUUAUGAUGCUGUGGAUGAAAUAACUGCUGCCUUUUCAGUUUCAUUUAAUCCUGCAGGGACUAAGGUAUUUGCUGGAUACAACAAAUCUGUUAGAGUGUUUGAUAUACAUCGCCCUGGUAGAGAUUUUGCACAAUAUUCAACAAUACAAGGAAAUAAAGAUGGUCAAACAGGUAUUAUAUCAGCAAUUGCUUUUUGUCCUACUCACACUGGAAUGCUAGCUACAGGAUCUUACAGCCAGACUACUGCAAUCUAUAGGGAAGACAAUAUGGAGCUGUUAUAUGUUUUACAUGGCCACGAGGGUGGGAUAACGCAUGUGCAAUUCUCAAAAGAUGGAAAUUAUCUAUAUACUGGAGCCCGGAAGGAUCCUUAUAUUAUGUGCUGGGACAUAAGAAAAGCUGUUGAAGUUGUCUACAAGUUAUACAGAUCAGCAGAAUAUACCAACCAACGAAUAGCUUUUGAUAUUGAGUGCUCUGGUCGACAUCUUGGUACAGGUGGUCAGGAUGGUCUUGUUCAUAUUUAUGAUUUGCAAACUGGGCAAUGGGUAUCAGGCUUUCAGGCUGCAGCUGACACAGUUAAUGGUUUCUGUUUCCAUCCCUUCCUGCCAAUGGCUACCUCUUCAUCAGGCCACCGAAGAUUUCAAAUUCCUGAGGAUGACAAUGAGAAGUUGCAUUUGAGAGGUGACGAAAAUUGUGCUUCUGUCUGGAGUUUUGCUUAUGAUAUUAAUUCUGGGGAACAAUCUUGAACGUUGAUCUUUUUGACAGUCCAUGGAAACGUGGAAGCUUUCCCAAUUCUGUAACUCGGCGAAUGUGUACCAAUUUCAUUUUUAAGUGUUAAUAUUUUCCCAAUUAUGGUACAUUUGUCACAUUCAACACAAAUAAGGAUGACGAUUCAGCAAAUUCUUGUUUUUUUGCCUACAUCAAGUGAUAUAUAUUUAAGAAUUUCCAUUAGCAAAAUGCUAGUCAUACACUCUCCGCCA